AUGACACGGGUCUCUUCUACUCGUUUAAAAGAUCUACUCCGUGACAGUGAGCUGGAUUUCGAUGAUGAUGAUGAUAAUGAUGAUGACAACGAAAAUAAAAAAUUAUAUACAAUUGAGGAUCUACUGGGAACAGUGCAAAUGAGCGAAGAUGAGUUGCUGCAAGCACUUCAGCGCAUGCCUGUUAUUACUCUAAAUGGUUAUUUGCGCCUGCUGUCAGCUAAAUACCGCGAUCGGCUUGUUACCGAACUGGUUGACUAUUUGGACGAUGAUGAGGAGCCAGGCAUAAUUUUGGAAUCAGUUGAUGCUGUGUGUUUGGAAGAGGCCCUCAAGAAGAAUUUUCCAAGCCGAAAAAUCCCUUCGCAAGCAAUCGACUGGCUUAUUAAAGCUCACUGUGAUAUUGUUCUUGAUGGUAUUUUUCUUUCAUUUUUUUUUCGUUCUUAG